AUGGAGGUCGUGUUGGGGGCACUGCCGAGCGUCAUCCCCAAGCUCGGUCAGCUGCUUGCCGACGAGUACAACCUGCAAAAGGAGGUCAAGGGAGGGAUUAUUUUCCUCCAAGCUGAGCUUGAGAGCAUGAAGGCAGCCCUUGAGGAUAUCUCCAAGACCCCAUCUGACCAGCUUCCUAGUGGGGAUAAGAUUUGGGCCAGGAAUGUAAGAGAGUUGUCCUAUGACAUAGAGGACAACAUCGACAAAUUCAUGGUGCAAGUCAAGGGUCAUCAGCCGGCCAAAAAGCAGGGCUUCAAGAAGUUCAUUGACAAGACCCUUGGUUCCCUGAUGCAGCCCAAGAUUCGCCGCAAGAUUGCUAUUGACAUCAGAGACAUCAAGAGUCGUGUUGCAGAGGUGCAUGACCGGCACCGCAGGUAUGAGGUUAAACACAGUGUUGAUAAGUCUGUCAAAGUUGACCCCCUUGCAUUGGUUGCAAUGGUUCGGUAUAAGAAUCCAACAGAGCUAGUCGGCAUUGAGGAGUCAAGGGAUGAGGUGAUCAAGAUUCUGACAGAAGCCAAUGAAACGUCCAAGGAGCAAAAUAAGAUAGUUUCCAUUGUGGGAUUUGGUGGUUUAGGAAAGACAACUCUAGCUAAUGCUGUGUUUGAGAAGCUUAGUACACAGUUUGAUUGCUCAGCUUUUGUAUCAGUGUCUCAAACUCCUGAUAUGGAUAUAUUAUUCAAGGACAUGUUCUAUCAACUAGCCAAUUACAAUGCUGCAAGUAUCAAUCUUUUUGACGAGCUAAGACGAUUCCUUCGGGAGAAGAGGUACUUAGUUGUUAUUGAUGACAUAUGGAACAUCUCAAACUGGGAAAUGUUCAGAUGUGCUUUGCCCGAUGACAGUGUUGAAUACAGGAUCAUCACAACUACCCGUAAUUUCACAGUUGCUAAAGAAAUUGGCGGUCCUUACAAGAUGAAGCCCCUUUCUCUUGAGAACUCUAGGAUAUUAAUGUACAAAAGAAUAUUUGGCAAAGAAGAAAAAGAAAAAUGCCCCGAUCAACAGCUAGAAGAAGUAUCAAAUAGAAUACUAAAGAAAUGUGGUGGUGUUCCCUUAGCUGUUAUCACCAUCGCUAGUUUGUUGGCUAGUAAAGGAAGAAACAAAUUAGAAUGGUUUGGUGUGUGCAACUCUAUUGGCGCAGGACUAGUGGAGGAUAAUACUAUAGAGAAUAUGAGAAAGGUUUUGUCACUCAGCUAUUAUGAUAUGCCAUCUCAUCUAAGGACUUGCUUGCUAUAUUUAAGUAUGUUUCCAGAAGAUUAUGACAUUAGAAAAGAUCGUUUGAUAUGGUUGUGGAUAGCCGAAGGUUUUAUCCAAUCUAAAAAGCAAGAUAAGAGCUUAUUUGAAAUUGGGGAGAGUUAUCUCAAUGACCUCAUAAAUAGAAGCAUGGUCCAACCCAAGCAUGACAGAUGGAUUGGCAUGAUGGAAUCUUGCCGUGUACAUGAUAUGGUGCUUGAUCUUAUCUGUUCCUUGUCGAGCGAAGAAAACUUUGUUACUAUACAUAACAAUAUGGGUCACUCAUCUGGAUCAAAAAAGGUUCGAAGGCUAUCCCUUCAAAAUAGCAAGGCUAGUCAUGGUAAACCUGAGGCUACAUUGAGCAUUGAGCAUAACGCGAGGUCAGUUAUUGUCUUUGGAUCUGUACCAACAGUACUUGAGAACUUCAGCAUUUUGCAUGUACUGGAUUUAGAAGGAUGUGAUCUUUCACAAAGCAAUAGCCUUAAGUAUCUUGGUAAUUUACUUCAUUUGAGGUACCUAAGUCUAAGACAUACACAUAUUGAUCAGCUCCCCGAAGAAAUAGGAAACCUACAAUUUCUACAAAUAGUAGAUGUAGAGUCAUCCUCUUGGAAAGGAAGUCCUAGUUUGCCAUCGAGUAUUGUUGGGCUAACACAAUUGAUGAGCCUACGCAUAGAUUAUUCGAUAACAGUGCCAGAAGGUAUAGGGAGCUUGAUAGGCCUUGAAGAGCUUUUACAUUUGUGCAUUGACUGUGAAGGGAAGAUGCUAGAAGAGCUGGCCCAUCUAACACAGCUGAAGGUGCUGCAUUUUCGGAUCACCACUGGCAAUUCCUCCGAGGCCUGCUUGCACAAAUCAUUGGUGGAGUGUCUAAACAAGCUCCAGAAAAUCCAUAGUAUAAUAAUCAACAUCAAAAAUAGGGAAUGCAACUUGGAUGGUUGGGUCAUCAUCGCCCCUGAAAAUCUCCGUACAUUGCGAUUACUUGGCCUUUGCUGGUUUGCUACACUGCCGGCUUGGUUGAAGGUGAAUCCCUCCCUCCUUCGGGACCUCUCCGUCCUCGAGAUCAGAGUGAAGCGGCUGCAGCAGGAGGAUCUCGAACUCCUAGGGAGGUUGCCUGCUCUCCACAGUCUAGAUCUGUUUGUAAGCCAUGAGGAUCAAGGGAUCCAUAAGAGAUUUGUUGUUGGUGCUUGCUCGUUCCCAUGCCUAAUGCACUGCGGGUUGUGGGGGUUCGGACAGCCUGUGGUGUUUCAGCAAGGAGUCAUGCCAAGGCUCAGGAGGCUUGGGUUUAACUUCCGAGUGCAGCGGACGAGAGAAAUCAACGACAGUUUCGACUUGGGCCUGGGGAACCUGCCGUCGCUGCAGGAGGUCUACGUUUGGGUUCGAUCUGGAGGCGCCGACGUGCAGGAUGUGGAGGAAGCAAAGGCUGCGGUGAGGCACGUGAUUGAGGUCCAUCCCAAUCAUCCCACCAUUAGGGUAAACAACUUCUGA